ACGGGAAGCGGCCGGAGUCACUGGGAGGCGCGAGGGGAGCCGGCGGGCGGCGGCCGCGAUGGGCUCCCGCGGCGGACACAGGGAGGCGGCGCAGCUGCUGAGGGCGAGAUGAAGCUGAGCAGCGAGGCGCUGCCCCAGAGGCGCAGCCCCGAGCCUGUCCUGCAGACCAUCUCCAGGGCCUUCAGCGACUCCGAGCUGAACAAGCAGCAAGGGGCGGAGAUAGCAGGAAACUAUAGCCAUACCGCUUUGUUUGCAAGGGCAGAGGAGCUGUUGGCGAAGAGGAUCAUAGAUGGAGAUCCUCUGGCAUAUUUUCUACAAGGGCAGCUGUACUUUGAAGAGGGGUGGUAUGAUGAAGCACUUGCACAAUUUGAAAAAAUUAAGGAGACGGAUUUUCAAGCUCUGUAUCAGCUGGGUGUAAUGUAUUAUGAUGGAUUGGGGACCAAAGAAGACCCAGAAAAAGGAGUGGAGUACAUGAAAAUAAUCAUCAACUCUAACUCUCCUAAAGCAAGACAUUUAAAAUAUGCUGCUGCAUACAAUCUUGGCAGAUCUUAUUUUGAAGGAUGUGGUGUUAAGCAUUCAGAUAAAGAAGCUGAAAGGCUGUGGAUUAUAGCUGCAGACCAUGGGAAUCCAAAGGCAAGUGUAAAGGCUCAAAGUACCCUGGGAAUGUUUUAUUCUACAUCAAAUCCAAAAGAUCUGAAAAAGGCAUUUUUCUGGCAUUCAGAAGCUUGUGGCAAUGGAAGUCUGGAGUCACAGGGUAUACUUGGUGUUAUGUAUCUCUAUGGACAAGGCAUACGUCAAAAUACAAAGGCUGCUUUGGAGUGCCUGAAGGAAGCAGCAGAACGUGGAAAUAUCUAUGCUCAAGGCCAUCUUGUGGAGUAUUACUACAAAAGAAAAUUUUACACAAAAGCUGCUGCAUUUGCCAGAAGUGCUGCCAAAUCUUCAUGCAGUGGAUGAGCAGAACAACAAAGAAGAGAGGCCUGUCUCUGUGAUUUAAUCAGUCAUUUCUCAUAGCCUGCAGCCAUCCUCCAUCUUUACCAAAAUACAUAGAAACUGGAAGUGGCUUCAUACAUAGAGACAGACAAAUCAAUGACUUGAAUAAAAAGUCCCUCCAAAUCCAAAGUGAACUUUCUUUUGAGUUUCUGAAGUGUUUACAUAAGGGUUUGACUCUUAUUUCCAUCCAGAAAAAGAGAAGUGCUGCUCUCCACUUCCAGUUUCCAGCUGGCCAAAAACCUGUCUGAAUAUUAAAAUGGCCCUCCUCUCUCCCUAACAGAGUUCCAACCACUGCCCAGAUAGCCAUCCAUUUACUUGUCAACAGCGCAUGGAUCCCAAUAUUUCCAAUACUUUAGGGAUUUCUUCUGGGAACAGGGAAAGACGACACCACCCCCCAUGGCCUUCUGGUCUUCCUCAAUCAGGUUUCUUUAGGGGUGGCUAAGUUAUCUAUAUCCACCAUUCUGCUGUUUUACUAGCCAGCAGGUCUAUUCCACUUCCCCUCAAUCUCCUCACUUUUUUUUUUAAUAGGCAGCAUUUUACUGUCUCCUUUUCCCCAGGAAAAUCUAAGAGUUUCUGUGGAUCCCACUGCUGAUCCAUCUGGCACUUCUAAGAUUUCAUGUGGUAGUACUUUACAGUACACCAUUAUAAUGUGUUCUCAAUUCAGAAAUACCACUUUGCUUCUCUGUGCAAACCGGAUAAGGUGCAAUCGAAGAAUUUGCCCUGCCAUGAUGGUUUAGGUUCAAGAAUACAUUCUGGUUGAGCUGAGGGCCAAGUUGACUGAUUUCUGUUUUGUUUACACAGUGUGUGAAAUCCAGAACACACUGGAGAGAAUUAUGUUGGCCUCAGUUUUACAAUUUCUACGUAACCAAAUGUCCCAUUAUAAACCCCCCAAAUAUAACGUUUGCUAGCAAAGCCUUACCAUUACAGAUUUAACCCAUCAGUCAGAUCAUUAAGUUUCUAAAGGAAAAAGAGACAAGCAAAGUGACUCUACAAGCUAUAUACAAAAUUCAUCCUUCAGGUGGUAAAAAAAUGCAUCUAUUUAUGAUGCUGCUGUAAAGCAUCUAAGGAGUGAAGAACAAAGGGAUGCUGCCAAGGAAAAUUACAUAGAACUAGGAGUGGCAGUAUUUCAAGAUUUGGAUUUCAGGUUCAACUUCUGACAGUCCAGAAAUUGAGAUGUUAGCCAAACAACCUUCUAUUUUAUUCACCACUGAAUCCCCAAAAAUCAUGCUGGUCUUGAGCCUAGGCUCCCAUUCUUUCACAUGCAGUGUAGAUAGAAUGAUAGCCAUCCACUGGCCAUAUCAAUCAGUUGGAGUUUGUCCUUUAACCACUGCGGUCCAGCAGGCUAUUCUGACAAUGAAAGGGUGCACCUUGUUAGCUGUAGUCAUCUUUUCACAAAGAAGCCGUAAUAGGUUAUAGCCAUAAAUAACUUCUGAAGGAAAAUAUAUUGUCAUUGUGCUCAAAGCAAUCCCAUCUCACUGGAACAGUAGAUGUUCUAGGGCCAGAAGUCUGCCAGCAGUGCAAAUAGUUGUCACGUCAGGCAUCAGCAUCUUCUUUGCUCCUGUCCCUGUGCUUUCCCAUGUACCUUUUGUACACCAAUUUGCUGCACUUUAUAUAAACAGAUACACUACUUUUGUAACCUCCAAGUCAAUAUGCCCUAAUUGCCAUACAAAUCUGGGACAUUUAUUUAAUCAGAUCAUGACAAAUUUCCCCUUUGCAGUCUUACAUCACUCCCACCAACAUAAAAGAGAGCUCUGUGUUAUCCACUUAUUUUCAGUCACAUCUCAGGGCAAGUCUACACUACAGCACUACUUCGGGACAGUUGCACCAAGGCAACUGCGCCACUGUAGCACGUCUGGUGAAGACGUGCUAUGCCAACAGGAGAGCGCUCUCCCAUUGGCAUAAUUACUCCACCCUGGUGAGAGCAUCUCCUACCGACAUAGUGCCGGUGUGGACAGCACAAAACUUGCAUUACUUGGGGGGUGAGGGGGCUUUUUAACACCCCUGAGCGCCGUAAGUUAUAUUGACUUGGGCUGUCGUGUAGACUUGCCCUCAGGCUCACGCCUUAUGUUUGGAGUUGGGGUUGGCCAUGAGUAUACUAUAGCCUUGAAGAAUUGUCUUCCUGUUCUAUAUAGCUUUCUUUAAACUGUGCUCAUCACCAUGGUAUCUCCUUUAACAAAACACUCACUAGACUGUGCCAAUCACCAAGUCCUUUGUCUGUGCAUGCUGAUUAAGGUUACUGGCUAUUAUUUGCAUUGGUAGGCUAUUAUAUUUUGAAAGGGAGGGCAAAAGUACAUUCCCUUGUUUUUCUUAUCAGAGGACAUUAAAUAUAAGCUGCAAGAACCAAAUUCUUUCUUGAUACUAGUUUAAUUUUUAAUGA